GGUGCUCUUGUACUUACACGCAACUGAAAGUACAGCAGAAAAUAUAGUGAGUUAGUAUGCUGUUGUAUUCAACAUAAUUGCAGGAACAUAAUUAGCAUGGUUCUUGCGAUUGAGUAGUCAUCGAGAUGGUAGCGACGUUCGCAAGGGCGAGGGAGCGGGCCGCUUGGGAGCAGAGGAAGAGGCACCAGCGGCCUUCUCCGUUUUUUCAGGCUUUCUCAGCUAAGUCCAGUUGCAGCUGCCCAGCAGCAUCAGGUUGUUCACGCCGUUCUGCUGGUACCGGCGCGAGGAUAGUUCUGCUUUCUAGAAUAACAGUGGGCAUGAAGCCGCUAGCUCUGAACACAGUGAGAUCUUCUGACCGUGAAGCUGAGUCCUCCGACGCUUAUGUUGACGACCUCUGUUCCGUGCUGACCGGGGAAGGACGUGUAGUGUGUAAUGCGCACGUAUCCACAGUAAAUUUCCCGUACACGUAAAAAUGCGGUUUUUGCAUGACAAAAUUGGGCUUCGAUCCUAGUUUAGCAUGACAAGUGUUACGCCCCAAAUUGGUGAAAUUUGUGAUGCAUUUUGUACAUGUACAGGAAAUUUGUAUUGCAUAGCACGAGCAGUGCGUGUUCUCCGCCAAAGACGUGGCGGAUCCCGAGGGCUUUUACGCGACAGAGGCCGUCAAGAAGCCCGAAGAAGUAUCAAAAGGAAAAAUCCCCCCUCCCCAUAUCGAAAAGGAAAUUUGUCAUGCUGAUUUGUGGUCACAAAUACCCUCUGUCUUGCCUAUAGGGUAAUGGGAGCAAUGUGGCGCAUUCCACAGCCAGUCUGUCAUUCGCUUUUGACUACUGCAAACCUGUUUGUCAUGCCUUAUUGCUAGCCUUCUGCACAUUCAAACAGGCUUACAAAAUGCCGCCAAGCACUUUCUGCAAGACAGACCUGAUUUGUGUACCCAAAUCCAACAUCAGAAACUUCUUUUUGAUAUGGGGAGGGGGGAUUUUUCCUUACGAUAAGAAGAGUGCCAUCAGGAUUUCUGCGGUCGCAACACACAGGAAGCGGGCUGCGCGGGGGCGUGUCUGUGGACGGGAAGCCGUUGCAUCAACCAGGCGAAACGAGGUAAGUGCCCUAUUUGCUUUGCGUGAUAGAUCAUCCCAUCAUAAUCUAUCAUCUUUGUUUGAUGCAAAAAGAACGCUUCACUCUCUGCGUACGUGGUAUUGCAGACAGAGUUUGAGAGCAUGACGCUCAUCAGUACAUUGGAACCUCCCCGGACAACAAACACCAGAUCCGGCCGUCAUUCUCGAUAAGGAAUGCCGUCAGGCGACCACGCACUCAGUAUGCAAAACAAAGAAAAGGGAUGAACAGACAGAACGGGGUCGAUAUAGUAUUAAGAUGAUACUUCCCUGCAAAUGGCUGUGCUGUGCAUGCCUAAAACUAAAAAUUUUUUGGUCUGCUUCUGCAGCACUGUGCAAGCAUCCAUUGUUUUUUACUGCAUAUACUUUCUUUGCAGUGCAGGAACUACGCCAACGUCGCUGUCUGCUUCAUUUUGCUUUUUUUCAUUUGAUAAUCACAGUGCAAUGAGCUUUUUCCUCGAUGCUCGCUUCAUCCGGGAAAAGGUUGCAGGGGCGAGCCCACUUACGACCUGUGCCGAGAUCACUACACGGCUGCGAUGUGCCAGAAUGCGCCUCAUUCGCCGACCAUGCAAUGCGGUUGGACACUACUCGACCAUGGAAGCGGCCGAGGCGUUUGCCGGUCGGCGCUCCAGGAACAAAACCGAACCCUUGCUACGGCAACAGAGCUACCCUGUGUAAAAACGUUCCUACGUUCAAAAGCACGACCACGGGGGUUUUGCUGUUCAGAUCAACAAGUGAUAGGAGUUCUGCGUGACAGCAUAGAAUAGUCCUAGUUGCGGUCAGUUACCAUGUCUGCGUCAUCUAUCGUGUUCUGAAGAGACCAUAGCAAGUUUCUAUCUAAUUCUAAAGUAACGUAGCUGGAAAGUGGCUCGGGUGGAUAGCUGCAUGCGAAAAUGCAUGACGAGCGUGUGGUUUGCGUGUGCUGCAUUCGUUUGCGCGUAACGCGUGGUCGAUUCGGCUUGUAUAGAGAGUUUUUACACAGAAUGAAUCUUCGUUUCCUACGAGGAUAUUCUUCCCCAGGAGCACGAACUUCGGGUCGGAUUGCGGGCGCCAUCCACCAGGUAGCGUCUCACUGUUGCAUCACGGGCGGCGACUUUGUACUUGGAGUUCCGAUUGAUGUCCUAGGAAAGUUCGACGGUUGCAUCACGGCUCUCCAGGACGCACCCCUCCGCCUUGUACAGUAAAUAAGACUACUGGCGAUUUCGAUUUCCGUAUGAAGAUUCUAUGACAAGUGGUGAUUUCCGUAGGAAGCUUCGAUGUUGGCAGUCACGGAAAACUAAGAGGCGCGCACCGAAAUGCAGAAUCGAGUUGGUGUCUAACUACUCCAAAAGUUGGAACUGUCCGUGCCGCUCCAAAAGUUGGAACUGUCCGGGGAUCAUCAUUUAGUUUUGUGUCACUGCCUAAGUUUCGAAUCAGUGCUACGGAUGAAAAUGCAAAUUGUUAAACGCAAAUAAUUAAUGCAGUUUUUGCAUUGAAGAGCAAGAGGAAGACAGGGUCCCUUAUCCUAGUACUUUUCGUGCAUUUUGUACCCAGAGAGAAAGAGGGUUCAAUGCAUUUUUAUGUACUUACUUACUUUUGCACUACAGAAAUCAAUGCCCGCGUAGCUUUUUGCUCGUCUGGCAUAAUUUAGCGGUAUUCCGAGAAUGAACGAUAUUGAAGCAAUGUUGUGUCGGGCUGCUUUUCAUGGCAUUGUGCAUGUGAGGAAUGAAGAUGAACAGUGGCUAUGAAGUCGAUUGGAAGGUGCGAAUGCGAUUCUUUACCAAUUAUGUUCUCCACUUUGUUUUCAUUUAUCAGGUCUGUUUUGAUCUUCGUAAGCGACGAGAGGGAGAGGCUUUUUUUCUUCAUGGUCAGUUCGGUGUGGGUAACAUGACACGCA